AUGGAGGAACGGAAGACUUUAUGGCAUAGAUUACCUAAGCUUUCUCUUCCAGCCACUUCUUGGGUUAUCUUGGGAGAUUUUAAUGCAAUAUUUACUGCUAAGGAUAGAAAUGGAGGUAAACCUAUGUCCAAAUCAGAAUUGUUGGAUUCUUCUCAGUGGCUUGCUGGAAAUCAAAUGGAUUCACUCAAAAUUACUGGUUCUUUCUUUACUUGGACUAAUAAUCAAGAGGGGUCAGCUCGUAUCUACUCAAAGAUAGACCAUGUCUUUGCUAAUGAAGAUUGGCUGGAUUUUUUUCCUAACUCAACAGCUAUUUUUAGUUGGGAAACGGUUUCUGAUCAUUGCUCUUGUACUGUUUCUAUUCUGGCCAUGGAGAAUUUGGGAGUUAAGUUGUUUCGAUACUAUAACUUUUGGAGUGAUCAUAAAGGUUUCAAAGAGGUGGCAUUGACUAGUAGGAGGAAGCCGAUUAAUGGGACUGGUUUGAAGGCUAUCUAUCUGAAGAAAAUGCGGCUGAAACAUAAAUUGAAGAGAUUUAAUAAAGACCAUAUUGGAGACAUAGGAGUGCAAUAUCAGAUGGCAAAAGAUCAAUACCAGGCAGCUCUAUUCCAGCGCAGCAACAUCCCCGAGACCCAUAAGGAAGAGAAUAGAAUUGCUACUUACAUAAUUGAACAAGGUAGGGUGGUUGAUAACUUUCCUGAAGUGGUUUCUCAUUUUCUGGAUCACUUUAGAAGUUUUAUGGGUAGUCCUAGUUCAGCUACUAAGAAGAUAAAUAUGCAAUGUGUGGAGCUAGGAUCCAAACUUUCGAUUGACCAGCAGCUUAAGUUGUUGAAGCCUUUCUCUCACAAGGAAAUUCGAGAUGCAGUUUUUAGCAUUCCCAACAUCAAAUCCCCGGGUCCAGAUGGGUUUGGUUAUGCUUUUUUCAAGGUUUUAUGGCUGGAUAUUGGUGGUGAAAUAUGUAGAGCAGUUGGACAUUUCUUUGAGACAGGCAGUUUUCCUGAGGAGCUUCAUCAUACUACUCUGUCCUUGGUCCCUAAGACUGAUAAUCCUUCUUGGGCUGUGGACUACAGGCCAAUUGCUUGUUGUUCUACCAUUUACAAGUGUAUUUCAAAGCUAUUAUGUUCUCAUUUGGCCAUGGUCCUUCCUGAUCUGGUUCAGUUAAAUCAGGGUGCUUUUGUUCAAGAUGAUCUGAUUUUAUUUUGUAAAGGGUCUCUAUCUGCUAUUCGAGUACUCAAGGAUGCUCUAGAGGAGUUCAGUUCUGCUUUAGGGCUCCAUAUUAAUACCAUCAAAUCUCAUAUCUUCUUUGGGGGAGUUUCUGCUGCUGAUAGAUAA